UUGGAGCGCUGCGCGUUUGGUGCGGACCGAGUUCCGAAGGACAGGACAGGAUCAUAUACAGCAGCAGUGUGUGAACUGCUAGUUAAUGAUCCCACAGCGCGGAGAGUCACAGACAGAGAGACAACAAAUUCUCCAUCUUCCUCGCACGCUGCUGGCUCUGAAGCCUAGUAGGUCGACUUCGAAGGCGAAGCUACUAGUUUCUUUGAAAGAAAGUUUGAGCUUCGUGGCUCUGCGCGGCUUUUGCGCGUCUCCCUCACCUCAGACAGAUUUGGAAUAUAAUAAAUAAUCAUCGUGUACAAUCAUGUCGCCGGAAUCGAGCGCUUGUUGCUGGACGUCAUCAUGCUGGACAUUGUUCGUCUUUUCAAUGUUGUCUCUCCUUGGGAAAACGUCAGGGAAUUUCCCGAAGGCAACGAGCACUACCUGGAGUUCUGUGAAUUUUAAAACCAUUUUAACGUGGAAACCCGAGCCCACGAACUACUCGUACACGGUGGAGUUCUCCGCCACUGGUAAAAACAGGCAGAGGAAUCCACACUGCAUCAAAACAGUGCAGACAGAGUGCGAUCUGACCACCAUGUUGAUACCCGUGAAUGAAACGUACACCGCCGAUGUCAUCUCUGAGCCCAAGCUGGGCACGACUUCUGACCUCAUAGAGUUCCCACACACCCGUUCUGCACCAUUCUGUCCAUACAAGGAUACACAUAUUGGACAACCUGAUUUCAAGAUAGAAGUGAACCAAGACAAAAGCAAGAUCACACUUUUUAUAGAAGACCCAGUCUCUUCCAUACACCAAGAUGGAGGAUGGCUUAAAAUGCGGGACAUAUUCAUGAAUGACCUGAAGUAUAAAGUCAUAUACAGGAAAGCAGGAAGUACUGGAAAGCGAGAAAAAACUACAGACAGCAAUUUGCUCGAACUGGAUGUGGACAAAGGUGUGAGUUAUUGUUUCAAUGUACAGGCAUACAUCCCGUCACGCAGCAUAGACAAACAGCUGGGGGAUCUCAGCAAUCCAAAGUGUUCACCAGCUGGAGACAAGCCCUUCUAUGAAGAGUACAGCAUUGGCGUGAUAGCAGGUGCUAUUUUGGCCAUCCUUGCCAUUUUGAUUGCGGCCAUCGUCCUUGCUGUGGUGUGCUACAGGCGGAGCAGGAGUACUGCAGACCAGGGGAAGGAAGCAGUGCCCCUGCAGAGGAUGCCAUAGGAGAUGGUUUCCAGCAUGCUGGAACACAUGGGAAAUGCGGUACGACAGAACUGGACAAAACUCUUUAAAAGGGAACUCAGUAGCUACAGUUCAAUAUUCCUUUGUGAAACACUGGAAUUUCGUAUUCUGUUUCUGAGAAACACUGCUUCAGAAAGUCAAAUAUGUGUAGCAUAUCUAAUACUUCAAAAAUACUGUAUGUAAGACUAACUGGUGAUAGGUACUAUAUUGUUUAUAUGGCACAAAACAGUCCCCUUUAUAUAAGCACAACUUUUCUUCCUUUUACA